AUGUCUGCGGACUUCUGGGCCAGCUAUCUCUCUGGCGCCAUAGGGAUUCUGAUUGGGAACCGCCUAGAUGUUGUGAAAGUUCGAGCUCAGACAAGCAAUGCUGGUGUUCCGUCAUCUGGUGCUCCAGAACCAAGCACUCGAGGUCACAAAUUCACAGCAUUGUUUAGAGGUGCAGCCGCUCCCAUCCUCGGCUAUGGUGCAUUGAAUUCCAUUCUUUUCAUGUCUUUCAACAGGUCCUUGAAGCUUUUGGAUCCCAGUAUCUUCGACUAUACAAAACUGGCCGGAGUGGACCUUGGAAAAAUAUGGAUAGCUGGAGCAGUUGGAGGAUUUGCUACGUUUGUUGUGUCGGCACCCUCUGAACUUAUCAAGUGCAGGACUCAGCUUGUCGUUGAUGGGCAGGGUUCCUCAUAUGCUGUGUUCAAGGACAUCUGGAGAAGGGGCGGAAUCCGAGGGCUUUAUUAUGGAGGCACCAUAACGAGUCUUCGCGAUGCAUUUGGCUAUGGCUGGUAUUUCUGGUCAUACGAGCUAAGCAAGAGACUCUUUCUAUCGAGACAGCCAGACCCUUUCUCUUCGCCUUCUGCCGCCGAUGUGUUGAUCAGCGGAGGGAUUGCGGGAGUCGUCACUUGGGUGUCCAUCUAUCCCUUGGACGUCGUCAAGACCCGACUCCAGACGCAACCUUCGGUGUACCUCGAAAGCCAGAGGUUACUUCCAGGCGCAGCAAUAGCUGCUCGUUAUGAUCAGACAUCCGUGGGUGUGGCGCGUGAGAUCUGGCAAAGCGCUGGCCUCCGUGGCUUCUACCGCGGGUUAGGCGUGUGUAGUGUCCGAGCAUUCAUCGUGAACGCUGUCCAGUGGUAUGUGUAUGAAACCAUCAUGGCCUUGCUGCGUAAUCCGCAAUGA